CCACCUCUUUCCUCCAAGUGUGUGUGUACAGUCAGUAGCUGUUCCCUCUCUUUUGACUGCUUUUGUUUGUCUGUCCUCAUGAACUUAACAUUAGAACCAGCUGAGAGGACUCAUGAUCUACUCUACAUUGACUUCAAUCAGGACAAGUCGUCACUCUCGGUUGGUACAAGAACAGGUUAUAAGUUAUACUCACUCAAUGCUAUUAAUGACAAACCUGACCUCCUGUUUGAAAAAGAAGGAGGGGAGGUCUGUAUCAUUGAAAGACUCUUCUCCAGUAGCCUGGUGGCCAUCGUUGAAGCAUCUAACCCAAGGAAACUGAGACUCUGUCAUUUUAAAAAAAACUCUGAAAUAUGUACAUACAGCUAUCCUGAUACAGUCCUGGCGGUAUACCUGAACAGACAGAGACUCAUAGUGGUAUUAAAACAAAACCUUUACAUUCACAAUAUAAGAGACAUGAAGGUUAUGCAUACAAUAAGAGAGACCCCUAGGAACCCAACCGGUCUUUGUUCAUUGUCUCAUGCUAACGAUACAGCACUCAUUGCGUAUCCAGGAAGUGUGCAGACUGGAGAAGUACAAGUAUUUGAUGCCAUGAACCUCAGAGCUGUUGCUGGUAUCAAUGCUCAUGAUAGUCCUUUGGCUGCUUUGGAUUUCAAUCCAGCUGGAACUAAACUAGCAACAGCUUCUACCACAGGUACCGUAAUACGAGUCUUUAGUAUCCCUCAAGGUGAUAAAUUAUUUGAAUUUCGUAGAGGAAUGAAGAGGUUUAUUCAAAUCAGUUGCUUGUCCUUCAGUGAGGACAGUAACUACUUGUCUGCUUCAAGCAGCACAGAAACAGUUCAUGUUUUUAAGUUAACGGAAUCAGCUCCUCCUGAUCAGCAGCUGCAGCAACCAGAGGAAGCUGCUUCUCCCUCGGGGUCUCAAAGCUGGAUGAGUUAUAUCGGUAAGGCUCUCUCCACUCCAGCUAGCUACCUUCCAUCACAAGUGACGGAGCCAUUCUCUCAGAGCAGAUCUUUUGCCCACUUAAGGUUACCACAGUCUGGUGUACGCAGUGUCUGUGCUGUAGCCUGUGUCGAGGGCGUUCAUAAGAUAUUGGUAGCUACAUCAGAAGGAUUACUGUAUGUGUCCAGCAUUGACCCAAGAGAAGGUGGGGAGUGUAGAUACAAGAUGUACAAUUUAUUGUCGGAUGCAGCUUCUCUUGAACCAAGUUCAGGAACAGGUCUGACUGGUUAUGGCGGUAGUGAUACUGGCACUACAGCUGCUGCUUAUUCAAUACAUGACCCACCCUCUGUGGAUCAAUCACUGAACUAUGAUGAUGAAAGUCCGCCAAAGACACACACAGUCAAUCAGACUUGAAGUAUUUCUCUCUCCUCCUCUCCCUCUCUCUCUCUCUCUGCUUCUUCUACAAGUUAAUCACAAAAUGGUGAAGUUUAAAACUCAAUCUUUUCCUUCGAACAAUUGGCAGAGCCUUAUUAUCGUCAUUAUUAUUAUUAUAAAUUCUUUAAAAGGUAAUUUUAAAUAUUUUA